CGUAUCUGACAGACAGGAGGGUUACCCUCUUCCUGGCAGGUUACGCACAACGAAAACAGAUUUGCCGUUUCGGAUUGGUUGAAUGAAUGUACCUAAAAUAUCCCCUUCAAUUUCGCAACUGGAAAAAUGGGAAAUGAAUCAGAAGAUCAUUCAUCUGCAGGGAAAGAGCUCUAGUUAAGCAGCAGUGUUGUCCCAGAGAGGAGUUCCAUUAUGCACCGAGAAGGAGAAACAUUGAGUCACAACACAUCACUUUGUGAUCCAGUACUCAAGAGGGUAACGCUGGGGCCACAGUUUUCUGUCUGAAUGUCUCUUCAUCCUGUUUGUGGAUCAUAGUGAGAUGGAGUCUCUCAGCCCAGCAGAAAAGGACACUUUGCCUUCCUCUGAAAGAAUCACUGAGGUGAACAUCAACUUUAAAGGUAAAAAUGACAAAGCUAAAAAUGAACACAGUGAAUUGCUCAGCAUGGCAGACGUGGGCUCUGGAUACUCUGGAAAUACUGGAAAAAAGAUGAAAACAGAAACUGAUAAACCAGCUAAUGUUAAACAGCAAAUACAUAUUCACACUGAAGUAAAAAUUGAGCCUCAGGAACAGGAUCAAAUUGGUCUACAACAAGAAAUCCAAAAAUGUGAUAGCAAUGUUGCAGACUCGGGUGUGCAAACACUGCAUACAAAAUCCAGCUGUGAUUUUGCUGAGAUUGAGAUAGAAACAGAGGAGGAUCCGAGUGAAAAUGGUGCUGUUGGGAGAAGAUCAGGUCUGCAGGUUAAGAGUUUCCGUGAGAGGUUAAAUCUGAGGAUUUACAGUGAAAUUGACCUGAAUGAGAAACCUUAUGUGCAAAAAGGCAGUGGGCAGACUUUACAGAGUUCAAAGGUCACUGAAAUACAGAAGGUUCACAGAGGAGAGAGGUCAUAUGCCUGCAGCCCAUAUUCUUGUACCAACUGUGGGAAAAGUUUCAGGCAACUAAGAACUUUAAAAGAACACCAGUUCAUACACUCAGGAGAGAAGCCACUUUGUUGUACUGAGUGUGGUAAGCAUUUCAGUCACUUGCGAAGUUUAAUACGACAUCAGCAAAUUCAUACCGGAGAGAAACCACACUCUUGUUCUGUCUGUGGAAUGUGUUUCAGACAGUUUGGCCACUUAAAAAGACAUCAGCUUGUUCACACAGGAGAGAGACAGCACUCAUGCACUCAAUGUGGGAAGAAUUUUAGUCGAUUGGAACACUUAAAAACACAUCAGAGAAUGCACACUGGAGAGAAACCGUACUCAUGUGCUGACUGCAAUAAGAGUUUUAGUCAUUUGGGAAGCUUAAAACUACAUCAGCAAAUACAUACAGGAGAGAAACCACAUUCUUGUACUGAGUGUGGUAAGAGUUUCAGAGAGUUGGGGACGUUAAAAAGACAUCGGCAGAUUCACACUGGAGGGAAGCGACAUGACUGCAAUGUAUGUGGGAAAAGUUUUAGUCACUUAGGAGCCUUAAAAAUUCACCAGAGAACUCACACAGGGGAGGAGCCAUACUCUUGCUCAGAUUGUGGAAAAAGUUUCUGUCAUUUAGGAAACUUGAAACAACAUCAGCUAACUCACACAGAUGAGUCAUACUCUUGCACAGUCUGUGGAAAGGUUUUCUUUCGUUUAGGGAACUUAGAACAGCAUCAGUUGCUUCACACAGGUGAGAAACUGUACUCUUGCAGUGAGUGUGGGAAGAGCUUCACUCACUUGGGAAGCUUACACACUCACCAGAGAAUUCACAAAGGAGGAAAAACAUAUAUUUGCACCAAAUGUGGACAGAGAUUCUAUAAGUUAGGAAGCUUUAAAGAACAUCAACGAGUUCACACAAUUGAAAAAGUGUACACCUGCAUUAUUUGUGGUGACAAUUUUGGUAACUGGGGACAUUUUAAACAGCAUGAGCAAAUUCACACCAGAGAGACUAUACUAUUGCCCUAAUUUGUUUUACAGUUAUUUUUUACAAGUCUUUGGAACUCUACUGGAGGGAUGGAACGCCAUUCUUCCAAAAAAUGUUCCCUCAUUUCAAGUGUUCAAUUGGGUUGAAAUCUGGUGACUGUGAAGGCCAUAGCAUGUGAUUAACAUCAUUUUUAUCCUCAUUAAACCAUUCGGUGACCCCUCGUACCCUGUGGAUGGGCAUUGUCAUCCUGUAAGAGACCACGACCAUCAGGAUAGAAAUGUUUCAUCAUAGGAUAACAGUGAUCACUUGAAACUAUGCCAGGAAUAUCCCCCCACAGAAUAAUUGAGCCACCUGAUGCCCUUACUGUUGGGGUCAAGCAUUUAGGUCUGUACCAUUCUCUUGGUGUACACCUCACAUGCAGUUGCUCACUUGUCGAGAAUAUAGCGAAGGAUGACUCAUCUGAACUUUUUUCGACAUCUGUAGACCAGUGCUUGUGGUUUUUGCACCACUGAACUCUGAAAUGUGCAUUUGUCGUUGUAAUGAGGAAUCUAUUCCCUGCAACACUUAUACUAUAAUAUCCCUCUCUAUGUAAUUGUCGAUGGACUGUUCUUGUUAACACGUCCUGCAUUGACAUUCUCAGUCACCUGGCUGAGGAAGAGUUGCUCUUCUGUUUUUUUAAGUAUCGCACAAGCAUCAUAGUCAUCAGAUGUCUUCCCCUAUUUCUGAUGUCUGUCCUAUUGAUCUAAAUGCAGAUGCCACUUUUCCUAUUGAAACACUAGCCAGUUGAGCAGUCUUUGUGACUGGAACUGCUGCCAUAUGUGCCCCAAGAAUGAACUCAAAGUCACUUAGAUCUUUUCCUCUUGCCAUCUUGAUCUAAAAUUGAGGUCAACUGGAUAAUUGCUUAAUUGUAUCAUCCAGUACACCUGUAUGGAAGCAUCUGCAUUCGUUAUGUUUCUCCACUCAAAAAAAGGUUUUUUUUUUAAUUUGCCACCCGUCUGUAACUUACAUUGCUAGUCAUAUAUUUGUUACAUUUAGGAAAUAAAGAAUUGCGGUGAUGGUUAACUUUUUUUUUCAAAUAUAUUUCAGUUUUAAUGUAUGUGUUUGGUUGGUCCAGACAGUUUUUAUGUACAAAGGAUAUUUUUGAUACUGAUGUUUCCGAUGACCUAGUCUUCAUUUCAGUCUUUGUCAGAUAAUCUUGGUUAAAUUUUGUUUUCUUGGCUUGCUGGAACCUGAUUGCUUGCAUAAAAACUGUAUAUUUGGAGUUUUUCUGAGUUUAAAGUUACAAUCGCGAAGAUUUCUGUUUCGUUCUCUUUGGCGGUACCAAUGGCGAGAAGCGGUAAUUGCAGGUGUGUUUUUGGACCUCACUUCCCAUAGAUCCAACCGAAUCCAACCAAUGUUGCCUGUGUGACGUCAGUGAGUUGGCACCUGGGCCACGCCAACUAUAACACUAUUUACGGAAAAAUGGUUAAAAAUGGUUGUUAUAAAAGUAACGUUAUGUACAUACUCAUUCGUUGUCUAAAAUUAGGCUAACUUAAACUGUCUUUACACUGCCGAGCCAGGUUAAAAUGCUGUAGCAGACCUGGGGUAGAAUUAGUGAUGAUCAAUUUCCACAAACGUUCUUUAUCCUUUUGCCCGGUAUGAACAUUAAUUUACACUGCAGAGAAGAAUUCGCGGGAUUCGCUGUGGCUCGUGCAAUUAUGUCUCGUGCACAGUACACAGUCUUUUCGUGAAUGAUUGUUGUGUGGAUAUUUUUGAAACAACUGCCUUGCAAAAUGUUACACCUGGUGUUUCUGGUUUUGCUGGCUAAACUGUUCGAGAAUAAAGCUGAGCUGGGUGUUAAAUAUGGACCAAUAACAGUGAUUUUUAUAUCAUGAAUAUGUAGAGGUAUGUCGUGAGUGUCUCACCUGAAUCUGGUAUAUACUAUAAAUGGGAACACUGGUCUGGAUUCAGUCAGUGCUUAAUUUGUAUGUUUGUAAAGUAGUGAUAAACACAUUUAUGACAGCUAAGAAAUUGAAAACCCUUUCCUAUUUUUACAACAAAAAAAGUGUCACCGGUGUUGAAAAUAAAACCCAUAUUUGUAUGCCAAUCAUGCAGUAAUCAUUUGACAGGUGGAUACCCCUAAGGAAUGUGUGUAAUAAUGAAGAUGCAUUUUUGAAAAAGAAUUUGGGAAUCAGUUCUGUUUUUAUAUCCAUUAACAACUUCCAUGCCUCUGUGUCAGGUAUAUGAUGUAAACUAAUGGUUGCCAAACUUGGUCCUGGGGCACCCUGCGUAUGCUGGUUUUUGUUCCAACCACAAUUCCAAUCCCAGAAUUUUAGCUGUUAUUUUUUCUUAUUUGGGUGCUUUUCAUGUUUAAAGAGAUUAUUUACCCUCUUAAGCCACAUUGUGUCAGAAAUAGUUAAGUGGCCACACAUUACAGACACUCUUAUCCAGACCAACUUACACAACAUUCUACUUUGCAUUUACAUUGCAUCCAUUUAUACAGAUGGAUAUGUACUGAAGCAGUGCAGGUUAAAUACCUUGCUCAAAGGUACAAUGGCAGGUACAAAAUGCAUUCAAACCCACAUAGGAAUCACGUGAGUGAAAAUUUUGGUUGUGAAGAAAAAACCGCCUCCUGCCCUGUGUCGUGUUCCAUGUUGUCAUAUCUUCUUUUUGAACCAAAAUCUGUAUUCUAAUUCUUUUGUAAUUCCUACAUGACCAAAUGGUGUAGGUAUUGGAUUGUUAGUUAAACACAUAGGAUUGUUUUUGUCUAAUUUACAACUUUGUGUAAAUCAUGUAUAAAAAUAAACCUCUCAAGUGGGAAACAUGACCAGUGGGCACAGCUCAGCUGUGAUAGUGAAGAUAAUCAUGUACAGGAAAUUAAAUGCAGUUUUUCUGUCAUUGCCUAUCACCAUUCUGAGCAUAUUUUACAAAUCUCAGGUAAAAAAAAUUCACUUUUAACAAUACCCUUUAAAUAUGACACUGCCCUCUGGUGGUUGUAUCUAAGAUUGUUUUUAAACUUACCACUACACUACAGCAUGAAUGAGGAAAUGUUUGUGGCAUGGCUUUAGAGCUGGGGUGUCCAUUAUUUUCAGAAAAGGGCCGAUUUGGGUGCAGGUUUUUAUGUUAGCCCAGCACUAAGACACCUCUACUUAUCAAGGUCUUGAUUGAAUACCAUGACUAGUUCAGUCAGGUGUCCUAGUGCUGGGCUAAAACAAAAUCCUGCACCCACAUUGGCCCUUUUUCAAGUGAGAUUGGAUUUGACACCCCUGCUUAAACAAGACCAGGUCAAAACUUAGUAUAUGGCUGGACCUCUCUGGCAGACCAGUGGUGUAACUUCAUAACUCGGCCGACCAAUGGUGUAAUUUCAUCACUCAGACAUUCGCGUUUGUAAGACUGGUUUGUUGCGGUCCAGCCAAAAAACACUUAGAUAGAUUUAU